GGCGCCGGGUUUUGUAAACAUUUUGCCUCGGUCUGGCGGUGAAAAAUGUUAAUGUUCUGCCCUACCUGCGGUAAUUUGCUGCUCGUGGAAGAAAGCACCGAUUCGUUACGAUUCUCCUGCAAUACCUGUCCCUACAUCUGUAAGAUAAAGCGGAAGAUAUCCACCCGUAUCUAUCCGAAGCUGAAGGAAGUGGAUCAUGUUAUGGGCGGUGCUGCGGCCUGGGAAAACGUAGAUUCAACCGACGCUGUGUGCCCGGCUUGUGGAAACGCUCGUGCGUACUUCAUGCAGAUGCAAACCCGUUCCGCCGACGAGCCGAUGACCACAUUCUACAAAUGCUGCGAGCAAACCUGCGGACAUCUCUGGCGUGAUUAA